AUGGCGACUACUUCGAACAUGUUCCUGUACUCGCUGACGGUCCAGCCGCCAAAUAAUGUCGUUCAGGCGGUCCUGGGUCAGUUCGCAGGCACCAAAGAGCAGCUCAUCAUCACUGGCGCUGGCUCACAGCUGACUCUAUUGCGUCCGGAUCCUUCCCUAGGCAAGGUCACGACCGUUCUAUCUCAUAACGUCUUUGGAAUAAUUCGGUCUCUCGCCGCUUUCCGCCUGGCGGGCAGUAACAAAGAUUAUUUGAUUAUUGCUUCGGAUUCUGGCAGAAUCACGAUCGUCGAGUACUUGCCCGCCCAAAAUCGGUUCAGCAGACUGCACCUUGAGACUUUUGGCAAGUCCGGUGUCAGGCGAGUAAUUCCAGGAGAAUAUCUUGCGUGCGACCCCAAGGGGCGAGCUUGUCUCAUUGCUUCCACCGAGAAGAACAAACUAGUAUAUGUUCUGAACCGAAGUGCACAAGCAGAGCUGACAAUCUCCUCGCCUUUGGAAGCUCAUAAACCUGGCGUGUUGGUUAUUUCCAUGGUUGCCUUGGAUGUCGGAUAUGCCAAUCCCGUUUUUGCAGCCCUCGAAAUGGACUACUCGGAUGUCGAUCAAGACUCCAGUGGCCAGGCUCUGGAGGAAGUCGAAACGCAGCUGGUUUACUACGAGUUAGAUCUCGGUCUCAAUCACGUUGUGAGAAAAUGGUCGGAACCUGUCGAUCCUACUGCAUCCCUUCUUUUUCAGGUUCCCGGUGGUAACGACGGCCCCAGCGGAGUGCUGGUCUGUGGCGAGGAGAGCAUCACGUAUAGGCACUCGAAUCAGGACGCGUUCCGUGUGCCAAUACCGCGGAGAAAGGGAGCUACCGAGGACCCGUCACGAAAACGCAUAAUUGUCUCUGGUGUGAUGCACAAGUUAAAGGGCAGUGCCGGCGCGUUUUUCUUCCUAUUACAAACUGAGGAUGGCGACCUAUUUAAAGUGACUAUCGACAUGGUUGAGGAUGAAGAAGGGAGCCCGACUGGUGAAGUGAGAAGACUUAAGAUCAAGUACUUUGAUACUGUACCAGUCGCCACAAGUCUCUGCAUUUUAAAGAGCGGAUUUCUCUAUAUUGCCAGUCAGUUUGGCAACUUUUCUUUCUAUCAGUUUGAGAAACUCGGCGACGAUGACGAGGAGCUUGAAUUCAGCAGCGAUGACUUUCCAGUUGACCCGCAAGCAUCGUACGAUCCGGUCUAUUUCCAUCCUCGACCUGCUGAAAAUUUGGCCUUGGUCGAGAGUAUUCCAUCAAUGAAUCCGUUACUUGACUGUCAAGUUGCGAACCUGACAGGGGAAGACGCACCCCAAAUCUAUACUGUCUGUGGAAAUGGAGCACGAAGCACAUUUAGGAUGCUAAGACAUGGCCUAGAAGUCAAUGAAAUCGUGGCCUCAGAACUGCCUGGCAUACCGUCUGCAGUGUGGACCCUUAAGCUAAACCGAGGUGAACAGUACGAUGCUUAUAUCGUCUUAUCAUUUACAAAUGGAACCCUGGUGCUCAGUAUCGGCGAGACAGUAGAGGAAGUCAGCGAUUCUGGUUUCUCUACAAGCGUUCCCACGCUAGCCGCACAAUUAUUAGGGGAUGAUGGCCUUAUUCAGGUUCAUCCAAAGGGCAUUCGACAUGUUCGCAAUGGCAAGGUCAACGAGUGGGAUGCCCCGCAACAUCGGUCUAUUGUGGCAGCCUCUACAAAUGCCCACCAAGUGGCCAUUGCCCUUAGCUCGGGUGAAAUAGUGUAUUUUGAGAUGGAUUCUGAUGGCUCUCUUGCAGAGUACGACGAGAAGAAGGAGAUGUUUGGCACUGUUACCUGUCUUAGCCUGGGCGAAGUACCUGAAGGCAGAGCUCGUAGCUCAUUCCUUGCCGUGGGCUGUGAUGAUUGUACAGUUCGAAUUCUCAGUCUUGACCCUGAGUCGACACUCGAAAGCAAGUCAGUCCAAGCAUUAACAGCUGCGCCGUCAUCGUUAGCUAUUAUUGCAAUGGAUGACUCGUCAUCAGGAGGCUCUACACUUUAUCUUCAUAUCGGCUUACAUUCUGGUGUUUAUCUGCGCACAGUUCUCGAUGAGGUCACUGGUGAACUGACUGACACAAGGCAAAAGUUUUUGGGGCCAAAGCAAGUCCGGCUUUUCCAAGUUACCGUACAGGGAACUACUUGUGUUUUGGGUCUCAGCUCCCGGCCUUGGCUUGGAUACUCCGAUCCAAUCACCAAGGGAUUCGUCGUCACCCCGCUCAACUACGUAGAUCUCGAAUGGGGCUGGAACUUUAGCAGCGAGCAGUGCGAGGAAGGUAUCGUUGGCAUUCAAGGCCAGUCACUCAGGAUCUUCUCUAUUGACCGGUUAGGUGAUACUUUGACUCAGAAGGCUAUUUCUCUAACAUAUACUCCUAAAAAACUCAUCAAACACCCAGAGCAGCCUCUGUUUUACACUAUUGAGAGUGAUAAUAAUACACUCCCACCUGAUCUUCGGGCGCAGCUUAUAGCUGAUCCAGCCGUCGUAAAUGGCGAUACAAAAGUUUUGCCACCCGAGGAAUUUGGGUAUCCUAAAGGCAACCGUCGAUGGGCGUCAUGCAUCAAUGUGAUCGACCCUGUCUCCGAAGAGCCGCAAGUUGUGCAGACGGUUGAUUUAGAAAAUAAUGAGGCAGCCGUAAGCGCUGCUAUUGUUCCCUUUGCUAGUCAAGAUAAUGAAAGUUUUCUCAUUGUUGGCACUGGUAAAGAUAUCGUGGUGAAUCCACGGAACUUUUCAGAAGCAUACAUUUACGUGUAUCGUUUCCAAGAAGAAGGAAGAGAGCUUGAGUUUAUUCACAAAACUAAGAUCGAAGAACCCGCUUUGGCAUUAAUCCCGUUCCAAGGGAAACUUCUGGCUGGUGUCGGAAAAACCUUGCGAGUGUACGAUCUUGGUAUGCGGCAAAUGCUGCGGAAAGCACAAGCGGAGGUAGCACCUCAGCAAAUCGUAUCCCUAAACACUCAAGGCAGCCGCAUUAUCGUUGGCGAUGUCCAACAAGGCGUCACAUACGUCACAUAUAAGCCUACCACGAACAAGCUCAUACCUUUCGCAGAUGAUAUCAUUGCCAGAUGGAUCACGUGCACAACAAUGGUGGACUAUGAGUCAGUGGCCGGCGGAGACAAAUUCGGAAACAUGUUCAUCGUUCGUUGUCCUCCAAAAGCAAGUGAAGAGGCCGAUGAGGAACAAUCUGGUCUCCAUUUGAUGAAUGCUAGGGACUACCUCCAUGGAACUUCCCAGCGUCUUGAUUUGAUGUGCCACUUUUACACUCAGGAUAUCCCUACUAGCAUGGCAAAGACCAGUUUGGUGGUUGGUGGACAGGAUGUGUUAUUAUGGAGCGGCCUAAUGGGCACUAUUGGUGUUUUCAUUCCGCUGAUAAGUCGAGAAGACGCAGACUUUUUCCAGAGCCUUGAAUCACAUCUCCGGACUGAGGAUCCUCCAUUAGCUGGAAGAGAUCAUCUUAUGUACCGAUCAUAUUAUGCGCCUGUGAAGGGCAUAAUUGAUGGUGAUCUCUGUGAGCGAUAUACUUUGCUUCCCAACGAUAAGAAGCAAAUGAUUGCUGGCGAACUGGACCGUUCGGUCCGAGAGAUUGAAAGGAAAAUCUCAGUGAGUAACUCCAAGUUGCCCUCACCGCCUAGUCGUGUUCAAGACGUGAACUGA